GUUAUUUCUAUGCAACGUCACUGCAUAUAAGUCGAAUAAUCAUUUUAUCUACCACAUUUGAAAUCUGCUACUUUCAAAGUUGUUAAUUAAAAAUUUGUCCAGAUCAAUCAUUCAUCAAGUAUAACAACGCUGAUUUUAUCAACACGUUUUACCUUGUUUGUUCACUGGAUGUUUGUUUGCGUCGAAUGCUCAAGUAUUUCUAGAUCAAAACAAAAUUUGUGAGUGCGUGUUGCCGAUUUUCCAAAAUGGUUUCUGCAACUAGACUAUUUAGCUGUUAUGACUAAACUUUUGUUAUUACAGCUAAAUAGGACUUAUACUAUAAACUUUUGAUCAUGAGCAUUGUAUAUUUUUUUUUCUCCCGCUUGCUUUGUAUUAUAGCAUUAUGGCAUCAAUUAUUGGAAGUUUUUUUUGUAGCAGCAGAUAUGAACAUGUUGAACAAUUUAACUAAGGAAAUUAAUUUCUCAUUUAAUGACGAUGUAAAGUAUUAUCAAAGUUAUUCAGAGCUUACAAAACUUCUGCAGUAUUAUAAUAACAAGUUUCCAUUAAUAGCUAGAUUAAAGUCAAUUGGAAAAUCAGUUGAAGGGCGAGAGAUUUGGUAUAUGCAAAUAACCGAUCAUCCAGAUUUUAUUGAGAAUGGGGAGCCGAUGUUUAAAUAUGUAGGAAACAUGCAUGGUAAUGAAGCUAUUAGCAGACAAGUUUUAAUAUAUUUAAUACAAUAUUUAUGUGAAAACUAUGGUAUUGAUCAGAGGGUUACAAGAUUGGUAAAUACUACAAAUAUUUUUAUUUUACCAUCAUUAAAUCCGGACGGAUUUGAGUAUGCUAAAGAAGGAGAUUGUGAUAAUUAUAACUCUGAUGUUUUAUUUGCUGGAGGAAGAAAUAAUGCUCACGACAAGGAUUUAAAUCGGAAUUUCCCAGAUCAAUUUAUUAACUGGAACAGUUAUAAUAUUAAGCUUCAAGCUGAACCAGAGACCAAAGCAAUUAUGCAGUGGAUUUACAGAAUGCCUUUUGUUCUUUCAGCCAAUUUGCACGGUGGAAGCAUUGUUGCUAGUUUUCCUUUUGACAGUAAUAUUGCAAUGCAAAACAAAAUUUACAGUAAAUCUCCAGAUGAUGAUUUUUUUAGACAUCUUGCUUUAACAUACGCUCAAAAUCAUCCUAUUAUGAAAACAGGUAAACCUAAUUGCCCUUCAGAUCCCACAGAAACAUUUAAGGAUGGUAUAACUAAUGGUGCAGAAUGGUAUAAUGUUGCUGGUGGCAUGCAAGAUUUUAAUUACCUUAUUAGUAACUGUUUUGAAAUCACAUUGGAACUUUCAUGCUGUAAAUACCCAUUAGCUGGUCAAUCUGGAAAGGAACUUGAAAAAGAGUGGAUAAAUAAUAAAGAGUCAUUACUAAAGUACAUUGAACAAGUUCAUAGAGGCAUUAAAGGUAUUAUUUUAGAUGAAUUUGGUAAACCAAUUGUUAAAGCAAUCAUAUCUGUAGAAAACAUUAAUCAUAAUGUAAAAUCUAUAAGUAAUGGAAACUAUUGGCGAUUACUUGUUCCUGGUGUUUACACAGUAACAGUAGCAGCAAAAGGAUUCCAUAAUCUUACCAAAGAAAAUAUUCAUGUUUUAGAUGGUCAACCUACUGUGGUAAAUUUUGUUUUAAAAAAACAAGAAAAAAUUACUACUAGUCGUCCUAUAAGAGAAACAAUGGAAUCAGAUUAUACUAAUCCACUUACAACCAAUUUAUUAAUGGAAACAAAUCCUAAUACAGAGCAGCAUAAUUUGAAGAUAAGUUCUAGCUACUUAACUGAACCUAAUACUUUAGGUAUUAUUUCUCAUUUUUCCCAAUCCCAAACUGCUUUUGAUAGUAUAAAAGAAAAACUUAUUCCUUUAACAACUGAUAAAAUUAAAGCAAUAUUUUUAAAGUCUAAAGAUAUAUUACAUAUAAAUCAUCAUAAUUACUUAAAAUUAACCCAAUUUUUACAAAAUUUAAAAAAAAAGUAUAACUCAAUUGUUGCUCUCUACAGUAUUGGCAAAAGUGUCCAGGGGAGAGAGCUAUGGGUUAUGGAGUUAUCUAAUAAACCUGGUAUUCAUACUCCUGGACGUCCUGAAUUUAAAUAUGUAGCCAAUAUGCAUGGAAAUGAAGUUGUGGGGAGAGAAUGUACACUACUACUUCUUCAAUUUUUAUGUGAAAAUUAUAAAACAUCGCUUGAGAUUCAAAGUAUUGUUAAUAAUUCACGUAUUCAUUUUAUGCCUUCAAUGAAUCCUGAUGGUUAUGAAAAUUCACAUGAAGGCGAUCGCCAAGAGUUGCGUGGUAGAAAUAAUGCAAAUGAUGUGGAUUUAAACCGAGACUUUCCUGAUCAGUUUGAUAAAGAAAACAUUUCUUACUCAUUUCAACCUGAAACACAAGCAAUGAUGAAAUGGAUUAGUAAUAGUUCAUUUGUUCUUUCAGUAAAUCUUCAUGGAGGAGCUUUAGUAGCAAAUUAUCCAUUUGAUGACUCUCCAACCGGGGAAGACAAGUACACAGCUUCACCUGAUGAUACUCUGUUUAGAUAUUUAGCAACAACAUAUGCCAAUGCUCAUCCAAUGAUGCACUUUGGAAAUGGUUGUCCUGAAGAUCCUCAAGAAACCUUUAAUAAUGGUAUUACCAAUGGAGCUGAAUGGUAUAGUGUAAAAGGAGGAAUGCAAGAUUACAACUAUUUACAUUCCAAUGAUUUUGAGAUUACGAUUGAAAUGGGUUGUUACAAAUUUCCACCUCAUGAUAGACUAAAGCCUUACUGGGAUGGACAUAAAGUUCCACUUUUAAGAAUAGCUAUGGAGAUGUUUAAAGGUGUUAAAGGUUUCAUAAAGACAAUAUCUGGUUUCCCAAUUGCAAAUGCUUCAAUAUCUGUUUCUGGAAUUAAACACAAUGUUUAUUCAUUAAAAGAUGGUGACUAUUUUAGAUUGCUGAUGCCAGGAAAUUAUAUAGUUACAGUUAGUGCUAAAGGCUUUCAUAUUGUUGCCAAACCAGUUACUGUUAAUGAUGGCUUAGCUAUUGAACUUAAUUUUACUUUAACUACACUGAGCAAAGUAAAUAAAGUAACAGUAAAAACAACUGAAAUAAAACAACCUAACAUAAACAAAACAGAUUCUAUAUUAGUUAAUAAAAUAUCUAAUAAUGUAAAUUUUAACAUAAUGGCAAAUAAAAUGGCAGGCUCUUUGAUAUAUUUCAAUAAAGUUGUAAAUUCUACUCAAUCUACUUUUGGAACUAAAAUUGUUAAUGGCUUCCAGUAUCAUGACUACAAUAACAUGUUAAAGUAUUUGAUGGAUCAUGAGAAGAUGUUUCCUGAGAUUUUGAAGCUAGAAAAAGUAGGAACAUCACCUAUUUCAUACAGAAGCAUUUGGUCAAUGCAAGUAACAAAUAAGCCAAAUGAAACAAAUCUAGAAAAAGCAAGUAUUGCAUUGAUUGCUGGUUUGCAUGUUUAUGAUGGAAUAGGAAGAGAAAUUCUUUUAAUGCAUUUGCAUACAAUUGCAAAACAAUAUAAAGAAAAAAAUGAAAAAGUUAUAAACCUACUGAAUAAUAUUCGUUUAUAUAUUGUUUUUAUGGUUAUGGUAGAUGGAAUGGAUAAAUCUGUUGUGGGAGAUUGUGAUGGCUCAAAAUUUCCAAGUUCUCAAGAUAUUCAACAUAUUUACAACAAAUUUUCAGAAAAUAUUGAGGAUGUCAAUGACAACUGGCAAGUAAAAGUUCUUAAAGAAUGGUUUAAAGAAAAUAAUUUUUUGUUUUCUGCGAUCAUUGAAGGAGGAGAUACAACAAUUAGCUAUCAACCUGAUUCUACCAACAAAGCAUUUUUAAAGCAGUAUGAUGAAGUUGUCUUUCAAGAUUUGAUAUCAAGUUUUAUUACAAAACCUAUUCAAUUACAUGCAGAGUGUAAUGUAACUGAAAAUGUUAAAGAGAAUAGAAAAAUUAUGGUGAAUACAAUGCCACAUUUCUUCUAUACCACAUUCAAAAGUCCACAAAUUAGUGUGGGUUUAUCUUGUUGCCGUAAUCCAACACCUGAAAAAGUUGUAGAAAUUUGGAAAGAAAAUAGAGAAGCUAUAUUUAAAUUUACUGAAUUAGCACUGACUAGAGUUUAUGGGAAAAUUACUAAUCAAGAUGGUCAACCUCUUACAAAUGCUGAAAUUGCAAUUGAAGGGUUAAAGUCUGCUCCAUUUGUUUCUAAGUUUGGAUUUUACCACAAGUUUCUUUCUCCUGGGAAGUAUACUAUAUCUGUUAAAUCUGAAUCAUUAGGAUCAUCAAUAAACAAUUUUUCUUUAGAAACUAAAAAAUCAGUACGCAAAGAUUUUAUUUUAAAAAGUAAAGGAGAAAUUAGUAAUAUGAAGUAUAAUGGUGUAUUAAGUAGGUUAAACUCAAUUGCUAAACAGUACCCCGGUAUUACAAAACUUUAUGACAUUGGAUUUUCAGUGCAAGGACGAAAGUUAUUGGUUAUGGAGUUAAGUGAUAAUCCAGGUUUGCAUGAAUCCGGAGAGCCAGAGGUGAAAUAUAUUGCAGGCCUUCAUGGAAAUGAAUUUAUUGGUAGUGAGCUUCUGAUGAUGCUUAUCGAGCAUUUAGUUAAAAGGUAUGGUGUUGAUCAUUCUGUAACAUCAUUGCUUAAUCGUACACGGAUUCACAUUCUUCCUCUAGCAAAUCCUGAUGGUGCUGAGAUUGCUGUGGAAAAUAGUUGCACAUCUGAAAAAGGAAAAAAUAACGCAAACAAUGUUGACUUAGCUAGAGAUUUUUCUAGUUCUAAUAAAAAGUUUCAGCCUGAAACAAAAGCUAUUAUGAAUUGGCUAAACAAGGUUCCUUUUGUUUUAUCUUCUACUUUGCAUGGGGGAUCGUUGGUUGUUAGUUAUCCUUAUUCUAAACAAGGCUAUGAUACUAAUUCUAAUCCUACACAAGAUGAUGAUGUGUUUAAAUUUCUUUCCAAAGGCUAUUCUCAAGAACAUUCUACAAUGAUGCAUGGACAACCCUUUUGCCCUGGUCCUGAUGUUAAUGAGCAGUUUGAUGAUGGUAUAAUAAAUAUGGCAGAGUGGAGUGGGCAUAGUCAUCCAAUGUUGGAUUAUAGUUACAAAAAUGGUAAAGGUUUUGAGCUUGCAAUUUAUGCUGGCUGUUGUAAAGCACCAUCACAAGCUGCGCUAGAAGGCUUAUGGAAUAGUCAUAGGAAAUCUUUACUCAAAUUAAUUGCUAUGGCACACACUGGUAUAAAAGGCUUUGUUUAUGAUAGUAUUUCAAAUAAGGGUAUACCAGGGGUAAAAAUUAAAGUAGAUGGGAGAGAAUACAACACCUCGACUUCAGAAUUUGGAGAUUUUUGGCGUAUUCUUGUUCCUGGUACAUAUAAGCUUAUUGCUACAGCAGACGGUUAUGAAACUAAAGUUAUAAAUGUAGAAUUAAACUCAAAACAUCUUGCUGUAGUAAACCUGGCUCUUGAAAAGGCAGGAUCCAGUUCUUACAAAAUGCGUCUUACCUCAGUCGUGUUUGUAGCUCUCACAAGUUCUUGUAUAUUUGUUUUCUUAUUACUUGUGUUUAUUACUGUUCGAAUUUAUCAAACAAAAAUAAAAAAUGAGAAAGGAGGAUUUAAACCACUUCGGGAUCAUUUAGAUCAUAAUUAUCUUCAGGAUGUUCGUCCAACCAAAAAUAACCUAUUUGUAGAGGAUUCAGAAAUAUCAGAUUUUGAUGCAGAAGAAGAGGAAAUUAUAUUUACUGACGACGAUGAAUUAAAAAAUGGCCGUGUGAAAUCUUAACUGCCAAAUUAUAUUUAUGUUUUUUCAUCUUUUUUACUUAUUGACUAAGCUAUUUUUGAAAGUUUUAUGCGUUGUUUAAAUAACUUCAUUUUCAAAAAAUUAUUUUAGAAUUUUCAUUGAAAACAUUUUAAAAAGCAAUAUUUCCUAUAAGAUUUUUAAUCUAUUUUUCUAUUUUAUAUUGUUCAUAAUUUUAAAUAUAAAAUGUAAUCAACUUUAUUUGUUGAUAGUGACGGGAUUUAAUUAUAAAUUUUCUAAUUAUGUGAAAUUUUUCAGUCCUUUAUUCACUUUAGUUUGCUGUAUUGUUUUGUAACAACCGGUUUACAUAAAUUAAUUUUUUUAUGACCUUUUUGCGCAACCGGUGCGAAAUAACGGAAACCGCUUUUAAUAUUUAUUUUACGCUUCUCGUUAUAUUUGAGAAAACAUAUUAGUUAUUUAAGUACACUAUCGAAUUUUUGUAUAUAUAUAUAUGUAUAUUAUCAAGUGAAUGGAACUUUUUUUGUGGAGUAAAAAGUAGAACCUUGUAAAAAUAUAUUUAUUUUUCAGAAUGAAAAUAAUAGUAAUUAUUAA